AAAAAAACGAGACCAAGCGAUCGGAUUUACGCGAGCGCAAAAAAGACAACAAUAGCCCCGGACCGUGUCGUCUCAACAUGGCGAUUUACAACUGAUUGUUUUGUCAAGUCCAAGAAGAAAUUCGCCAAAAAGAAAAUCGGAGAAUAUUUUAUAAUUUUACGGUAAAAACGGACAUGUGAGAUGUGAGCUGAAUUACCGGAGCUUAAGAGCUGUUUUUUAAUUGUUUUUUUCUUAUGAGUUCGGUCCCGCUUUGUUUUUCGUGUGUGUUUUUUUCUCAUCUUGGACAUGACAAUUGCCCUAAUAGAACAGGAGUGUUUGUUCGAGUAUUACUACUGAAAAUCGUCUUUUUUCCCCGUUUCCUGUGAUAAAUAUGAAUACUAGCAUCGGGUCGGAGUACGAUUUUGAAUCUGAAGAAAACGCGUCGAAAUGGAAGGGCCUUCUAACAGCUGCUUUAAAGAAAGUUCUGGAACAAGUCCAUCCAAAACUCGGAGCAACAGAAGAAGCUCUCGACUAUGUAGAGAGCUUAUGUCUCCGGCUAUUAGGCAUGCUCUGUGCCAAACCUAGUCCACAUUCUGUUCAGGAUGUGGAAUACAGAGUACAAAAUACAUUCCCCACCCCCAUUGACAAAUGGGCCCUAAAAGAAGCCCAGGAAGCCUUAGAACGGGGUAAAAAGAAGUCGGUACUUUUGCUGCCCGUGGAUCGGAUCCACCAUUUAAUGCAAAAGGAACUGCUUUUGUACAAAGUUGAUUCGUCAGUAUCGCUGUUUCUAGUCGCAGUUUUAGAGUAUAUAAGCGCAGAUAUUCUUAAGCUAGUCGGUAAUUAUGCCAAAAACAUCAAGCACCUGGAGAUUACAUACCAGGAUGUGCAAAUUUCUAUGAAAGUGGAUAAGGCCUUGAUGGACAUGUUCUAUCAAGAUGAAGGCGGUGGCAACUUCAGCGAACGCCUCAACGAGAAACUGGUUUUAACAACACCGAGAACCAGCUUAACCUACGAAGAAACCGUCAGGGAACUUAUUGCUUCCGAAAAAGUGUAUUUAAAAGAAUUGCAUAUGAUCAUAAAGGUUUUCAGGGAAGAAAUAAAGAAACUAACGCAAGAUCCGAAAGAUAUCGAACUUAUUUUUUCAAACGUUAUGGAUAUUUACGAGUUAACUUAUACCUUGACUGGUAGCUUAGAAGACGUGAUGGAGAUGGCCCAAGAACAGAUGCCUUAUAUUGGUACCUGUUUCGAAGAACUGGCCGAAGCAAGAGAGUUCGACGUUUAUUGUAAAUAUGGUAGAGAUGUAACCUCUCUCGCUUGUAGACAGACUUUAUUGGAUCUACUAUCCAGACAACAGGCAACUUUAAGUACGGCGGGUCAAGGCAUGCAUUUGGCUUUAAAGUAUUAUUUACCGGCCUUAUUGACCCAUCCUAUUUGGCACUUUUUUUCUUAUAUGGAUUACAUUAGGCUGCUUAUUGGUUUAUCUCCGGCUCCAGAGGAUAAAGAAAUGCUGGUAGAGGUCGAGGGAAUGUUAAGGCCACUUAGGGACGAAUUGAAGUUAUGUGUGCCGUCUCAACCAACCCCGCGCGGUUUCGCAACAUUAAAUCAAGUGAAAGCGCGACGGUCUGCGGCAAUAGAAAAAAUCCAAGAGCUGGAAAGGGUCGUGGAAAAUUGGGAUUCGAAAGACCUGGGGCAAUGCUGCAAUGAAUUUAUCCGAGAGGAUUUACUGACCAAAGUGACUCAGAAAAGACUGACCGAACGUAGAGUGUUCCUAUUUGAUGGACUGAUGGUGCUGUGCAAACCGACAGCGUCGUCGCGACGCCAGAGUUCAGUACAUCACACGAGUCAUACGUGUAGAUUAAAAGAGCGGUUUUUUAUGAGAAAGGUCGAAAUAAAAGACCACGAAGACACCGACGAGGUAAAAAACGCCUUCGAAAUCUUACCUAGGCAAAGUCCCAGCGUGGUGCUAUGUGCAAAGUCCGCCGAGGAGAAAAACUCCUUGUUGGCCGAUCUAGUCAUGUUAAAUAAUAGGUCUAUGUUAGAAAGAGUUUUAGAUAGUAUAUUGUCAAGGAUAGAGCAGCAGCACCCUCUUAAGUUGCCUCCACCCGAACUUUACAAGUUUGCCGAACCCGACUCCAAUGAAAAUAUCAUUUUGGAGCAGUUGGAAAACGGGGGCGGGGUGCCUUUAAUUAAGGGUGCAACAUUGUACAAACUAGUCGAACGUCUCACCUACCAUAUUUACGCCGAUCCAAAGUUCGUGCGAACGUUCUUAACUACUUACCGGAGCUUUUGUUCUCCCAACACGUUAUUAGAAUUACUUAUAGAAAGGUUUAAUAUUCCUGAUGCGUCAAAGGUGUACGAGCAAGACCCUGCCGACGCUGAUAAAAUACAAAAAAGUAGUCAGAGAGAAGACUGGAAAAAGUACAAGAAAGAGUAUUGCCAACCGAUACAAUUUAGGGUGUUAAAUGUGUUAAGGCACUGGGUGGAUCACCAUUUUUAUGAUUUUGAGCGAGAUGCAGAAUUGUUGAAAAAAAUGGAAGACUUUUUGGACUCAGUUGCUGGACAAAAUAUGAAGAAGUGGGUGGAUAGCGUAAAAAAGACUAUUAGGAGGAAGAAAGAAAACGAUAAUCAAAGGCACAAAAACGUGAUAGCAUUCGCUGAAAGACCGCCGCCGAUAGAAUGGCAUCUACCAUGUACGGAAGAAGAUUAUGGAAUACUCACUUUACACCCUCUAGAAAUCGCUAGGCAGCUCACGCUUAUUGAAUUCGAUUUAUAUCGGAUGAUAAAACCUAGCGAGCUAGUGGGGUCCGUAUGGACGAAGAAAAACAAAGAAGUCACUAGUCCGAAUUUAUUAAAAAUGAUCAAACAUACCACUAAUUUUACACGAUGGCUAGAGAAAAACAUAGUGGAAGCGGAGAAUUUCGACGAAAGAGUGGCGAUAGUGAACAGAAUCUGUGAAAUUAUGAUAGCUUUAAACGAAAUGAACAAUUUCACGGGAGUUUUGGCGAUCAGUUCGGCCACACAGUCCGCCGCCGUACAUAGGUUAAAAUUCACCUUUCAUGCCGUCACGCAACAUUACAAAAAAGUUCUGGACGAAUACGGUAAAGUGGACGACCAUUUUAAGAAGUACCAAGAGAAGCUUCGGUCUAUUAAUCCGCCAUGUGUACCAUUUUUAGGGAUGUAUUUGUCGAAUAUUCUUCAUAUUGAGGAGGGGAACUCGGAUCAUUUACCAGGAACUAAUCUGAUAAACUUUUUUAAGAGAAGAAAGGUGGCAGAGAUUACUGGGGAGAUACAACAAUACCAGAAUCAGCCUUAUUGUUUUAAAGUGGAGCCCCAGAUAAAAAAUUUCUUAGAAAACCUUAACCCUUUCGGAGACAUGUCCGACACGGACAUCCAAAACUACCUCUAUCAAAAAUCGAUGGAAAUCGAACCGAGGGGAGCCAAGCAACUACCGAAAUUUCCUAGGAAAUGGGCUCAUUUAAGUUUAAAAAGCCCAGGAAUUAAGCCGAAACGUAGCGCGGGCAGCGUAGUGGCGAACGCGGUGAACACGAUGAGCUCGACCCUCAAGGGCGAUGAGAGCAAAAGCGAAGAUUCCUCGAAGAGCGAUAAUGAUUUUAGUGUUUUUGCUCCGGUUCAACUUGGUACAGGGCAAUACAGUCCGACCCAUAGCCCAAAUUCGCCAGCGGGCCCUUCAAAUCCGAUAAUGCAGUGGUUUAAUCACGCAAGAUGUCCGAGCGUUAGUUCAGUGAUAUCAACUACAUCGUAUAGACCCGCUAGGACCUCUGAAAUUGGGUCUAGUGUACAUUUGUCUUAUCACCGACACCCGCAGGCCACUACCUCAACGGGAGCUCCAGGUAGCCCGGGGGCUCCUAACACCCCCACCUCGCCUCACAGCCCCCAAAUGCCUCCCACGCCGCCCCCUUUACCUCCCAGGAAAAGGAGAGACAGCCCUGAAACUUUAUCGCCUCAAUCAAUGCAAGCGCCCGACGCUCCACUCCUGCCCCCCAAAGACCAGUCGCCCCCGCCCCUACCUCCGCGUCGUGACCCAGCCGUCUCGCCCAACCAAUCACAACAACAAGGGGGAACCUACUGGCACACCCUGCCCCACCCCCAUUCGCACCACCAUCCGCACCCGCCCCCCGUGGUAGCGCCCCGUCUACGUCCGACGCACGCGUCCCAAUUGCACAUGCGUCGCCACGCCCACGUCACGCCCCGCACUAAUCCGGUGCAACUGCAGACUUGUAGUACCGGCAGUGGGGGAGCAAGUAUUUUGGGCGCCGCCACGUCUCCCGCCAAACCGCCCACCGUAUCCCCUCGGUACGGAUCGAGCAGCACCAGUGAGUCAGGUUCGGAGCAAAUCACGCCCCAGUUGCCUCCGAAACCGGCGGUACGAUCCGCGGGGCCCUCCUCCGGCACCAUGUUCCAAUACCCGAGCACGACGAACACCUAGGAGGAAGCACAAACGGUUCCAAAAACAGUAUCUGAAGUGGGAAAUGCUUACACCUUAGGUGUAAAUCCAGAAAAGAACAUUUAUAAUACGCUUAUCCUAGGAAACAAUACGCUUCUAAUCAGGAAUAUUAAGGCGUUUUCCAGGUGAGAUUCGUUCUGUUCGGUCACAUUGAAAAUGUCUCGUUUGUGCCAAAUUAGAAUCUUGCCGAGAAAAACCACUUUCGUUUUAGGAUCCAGUACAAAACACCGUAAAUUCUAAACUAAAUAAUGCUGUUUUUUUAAGUAUACUGUUUAGGUAGUAAUACGUUUAAGUACAUGCGCACAUCACGUUACUAUGUAUAUUAUGUAUGCCAAAUUAGAAUGACUAAUCAUAAUUCAGUGCAUUUAGGAAGUGUACUUAUUUUCUGGUAAUUCGUAAUAUAAAACGAGCUUAACCGUCAUUCGCGAAUAUUCUUAAGAACCCUUAAAGUUCUUUUGUAUUUAUAUUUGGAUCGUCCCUAUCCAAAUAAAUAUAACCUCUUAUAUACAUACAUAUACUGGCAGUGAAUUACAAGCAUUUGGAGGUAAAUACUAUUUGCAAAAAUUAUAACUUCAACAUGCAGCUCAAGGUUGGGGCAAUACAAACGACAAUUACGAACAUCUUUUUUAUUGACGUGUGUUUUUUUUGAGUGCACUAGAUUAAAAAAAAAUAGAUUUGUUACUACAUAAUUCAAGGGCUUUUGCUUUAAACCAUGUGAGGUGUGAAGUACAUUAAGGCGAAAAUGGUUAUUUUAUAAACCAAUAUGUUACUCAGAGUUAAAAAUGUUUUAAUUGCUGUAUAUCUUUCUAAAAAUUGUGCAAUUUAUUUUUAAUAUCAGCCAGAUGGUUUAAGAACCAUUUCCGUCCAAGUUUAUUUUCCUGAAUGUUAUUGUAUGUACUUGGAAAUGGUUAAUAACUUCUUCAAAAUUCUACACUAGUUUUGAAAGAAAUUUUGCUGAAUAUAGGGUAAUGUUAUGAUUGGCAAUUUUGAUUGCCAACAAGAGUAAGGGAGAGUUGGGGAAUGGUGCGCAGUUAAUCAAAAAUUGUAUUUGUGGCGAGCCUAUAACAUAUAAAUUAGUUUUAAAAAUGGUAUGAGAUGUAUUACUUAUUAAUGUAUAUAUAUGAAAAUGUUAUUUAAAAAAAAUCUACUACGCAAGUAUAAAAUUAAACAAAAAUAAAAAAAACCAUUUGCGCAUAAUUACCCGUCCCGACGGGCAAUGAUGCGCAAGGGUUAGGCAAUCGUGCGCAGAAAAUAUCUGUUUUAAAAAAUUAUUUAUUUUUAAAUAUUAACAUUUAAAGUAGUUAAUUUUUUAGUAGUAAUAUUUAAACAGCAGUAUAAAGCCUUAAUUUAAACAGUAGUCGCAGAUGUAAUUUUCUGGAGUAUCAGCAGACGUGCAGGCUGCGUGGUUCCAAGAAGCACACAUAACACAGCGGUACCAUAGAUCUCGAUUUUUGCCAACUUCUCCACAAAUACAACAUAUCUCGUUGGGUUUUGAGGGAGUUUUUGGAGAAGGCGGCAUGAAAUUAAAUUCAUCAAUAUCGUCUAACGAUGAUGAGUCGUCGCAUAUCUCAGACCAUUCAUUUUCCAAUGAAUCAUCGGAUGUCUCAGGUGUGGCUUCUCUUUUUCUCUCUCUUUCUUUUUUGUUUUCCUUUAAGUGUUUUUGUAUCUUGUGUUUCUUCUUCAAAACAUUUUCUUUAAGUUUUCUUCUCUUACUCUCUUCUUUUCGUCAGCGAUUUCUAGUUCUUCCCUAAUCGGAGUGCUUGUAAGGAUUUUUGAAUAUUGCUUUUUUUUAGCAUUUUUUUUAACUCCUUUAAUAACUUUUUUUGUUGGUAUAGGAGCCAUAGAAAGGAAAGAGUUCUCUUUCGAUGUACCUGGCUGAGGAUUGUUAUAGUCAAUUAAAGAUGUUUGUCUAGCCUCUGGCAAAGAAUCCUUUUCUUCUGGUUCAGAACUAUUUGGCAAUGAAACAUUAGCUUCUGGUCUGGAUAAGGGUGGGUGAUUUUCGUCGCUGCUAACAACAGUGCACUUUAUGUUUUGCCUAGAAGGGGUAAAAUCAUCCUCACCUAAUCUGCCUGGAUUAGGGGAUAAAUUCCUGAAGUGCGGAACCCUGAGACAGCUUUCUCCAUGGUGGCGACUUUCAUGAAAGCUGUGUUUAAUAAGUCAGAUACGUCAUAUUCUGUUAUUUUUUGAUGUCCAGAAGUAGAUAAAUGAAGAUCGUAUUCUCUAUAGAAAGCAUUUUUAAGAGAACUAAAAAAAGUUAGAUCCAAUGGCUGAAGGCGAUCUGAGGUGUGGGGAGGAAGAGAAACCAUAUUAAUGUUAUUUCCUUUACAAAGCCGAAAUCGAAAUAUGGCUUGAAUGGUUGUCUAAAACCAAUAGGACAGGAUCAGAUGCAGUAGGCUAUGCAUGUUUUGCAAAAUGAGACAACCACUCAACAAUUAGCUCAGAGUUAAUCCAACCGUUCUUUGAACAUUUGUACAAGGCACCUAAGGGUCCAUUUUUUUGCGAGUUGUUGGCACUCGGGGAUAUAUGAGCAUGGGCGGGAUGUAAUUCCCUGCAGCGCUCAUACAAAAAACUCUCCUUUCAGCAAAUAUAGCACAGCCCACUUUUUUACUCCUCUGCCACCAUAAACUUUCGGACAUUUAGCUUGAACCGUUGUAAUGCCUGUUUGGUCCAUGUUAAAUAUUCUGCUUGGUUGAAAUUUAAACUUUUGCAUAAGAAUCUUAAGAUUAGAAUAAAAUAGUUCUACAGAUUCUUUAUUAAAAUAUGAAAUCCGAUUUAAACUCGUGCCCUCAGGCUGUCGCAGUUUUAUCUCGGGAAAUCUUUUUAGAAAUCCAUAAAGCCAUGCUUUGCCAGCUAGUCCCUUUUCUCGAUUAAAGUUGUGAAUAAUAUUAUUUUGUUCUGCAUAUCUAAAUGCAAGCCUUCUUAGACCAUCAGGUGUCAACCCAAAAAACAAUUUUGAAAGCAGCAGAACAUAAUCUUUUAAUUCACACUCUAUUUCUAUAGGGAAUACAGUUUUGCGGCCCAAUCGAGGUAGUUUUUAGAUCAUCUUCCAACAACAUUUUUCUAAGGGUAGAUUCUGGUAUUUUAAAGAAUCUUCCUACUUCCCUAAUUUUUCUUCCGUCGGUCCUUUUAGCAUCUAGGGCUUUUUGCAGGGUUUCCGUCGUAUAAGAAAGGAUAUCAGUCUUUCGUGUGUAAUUUCUAGGCAUCUGAAAACAUUAAAUAGUACUAUUACUUCUUAGCAUUUAAUUCCCUUUCACGUAAAUCGUGCACUUCUGCGCACAAUUACCCCUUUGUUAUUGUCUUUUAUAAAAACAUGAUGUGGCCAAAAACAUAUAAACAAUGUAUGAUUUAAAGGUGCCUAAAUAUUCACAAUACUCUAGAUUUUACUAAUAUAAGUAAUGUAAAACGAUUGGACAAAAAUUAUGGACUUACCGUUUUAUUUUCUGACCCCAAAAACUUAUAAAAACAAAGAAAAAUUCAAUCGGUUAACCUCUUGGCGAUCGUAAACACACUAAUGGCGCCAACGGUCGCGCACACAUUUUAGGCAUAGGCACUCCGUUGCAGAGAGCAGCACUGGUUUAGCGUUUCGGAUAUCCCGCGAAAUACAAAAUAUCAUGGUGCGCACGAUUACCCACCGCGCACCAUUACCCAACUCUCCCUUAAGUAACAUUUCCUUAUAUACACUAUCACUCAUAUGUCGAACAACUUUUGUUAUUUUAAUUUUUAUAGAACAGUGAGAGUCAUAUCCCGGAUUUUGAUUUGGGAUAAUAAUACAUACAGUAAACAUAUAAUUUAUUUAUUUAAUAAAAAUGUAAAAUUUUUAUGCUAAAAAUUACAAAUUUGUAGUGUCAAAUAGAGAGCAACUAACUAAAAAAAAACUGAAUUAUUCAGAAUUUGGUAAUUUUAUUUAAUAUCUGGUUGCAAAUAUUUCUCAAGAGAGUGCACUAGAUUAAAAAACAAUAGAUUUUUUAUUACAUAAUUCAAGGGCUUUUGCUUCAAACCAUAUGAAGUGCAUUAAGGCGAAAAUAACGGAUUUGUGAGCUGGUGCAUUGUCUUGAUGAAACAACACUUUCCUCUUAACCAAAUGCGGCCGUUUUGCUUGAUUUCUUCGCUCAAACGUUGCAAUAAGUUCGCAUAAUACGCGCCGUUGAUAGUUUUACCUUUUUCAAGAUAGUCAAUGAAAAUUAUCCUUCACGCAUCCCAAAAAACCGACGCCAUGACCUUGCCUGCAGAAGAAACGGUUUUCGCCUUCUUUGGAGCCGGUUCUCCCUUUUGGGUCCGUUGUUUUAAUUGUUCUUUUGUCUCAGGUGUGAAGUGAUGGACCCAUGUUUCAUCCAUGGUUAUGAAACGACGCAAAAAUUCUGCUUUGUUGCUAUUAAAUUUCGCUAAACACUCAAUUGAAACAUCUUCACGACACUGUUUUUGCUCGAGUGAGAGCAAACGCGGCACCCAUCUUGCACACAGCUUUCUCAUGUCACCAUUUUCAGUUAAUAUGCGAUGUACCGCACUUUUUGAAAUGCCUACUAUGUCCGCUAGCUCGCGCACUUUCAGUCGACGAUCAUCCAGUACCACUUUGUGAAUUUUUUUUUAAAUUUCUGGAGUCGUCAGCUCAUUUGGUCGACCACUGCGAUGCUCGUCUUGGCAGCUCAUACGGCCUCGUUUAAAUUCUGCUACCCAAUAUUUUACUGUUGUUAACGAAGGAGCAGACUCACCCAGAGUAGAAUCCACUUCAGCUUUUAUAUUGGUUGGGCUGAGGCCUUUCAAAUAAAAGUAUUGUAUCAAACCAAUUUUGUCCAUUUUCGCAAAUUCACUGAAAACGUUCACUAUUAAUGGCUGCCAAACAAAUACUAAACAACGUGGCGUCUUCAAACUUGAAACAUAUGCUUUAUAGAUUGUAUACUUUCUAAUACACUGAUAUUUUUCAAACUACUAUCGACAUCUCUAGGUCAGGCCGGGUACUUCUGGCACCACCCUCGUACUUGGAAAUGGUUAAUUCUACACUAGUCUUGAAACAAAUUUAGUUGAAUAUAGAGCAAUGUUAUGAUUGGCAAUUUUGAUUGCCAACAAGAGUAAGUAACAUUUCCUUAUAUCACUCAUAUGUAGAGCAACUUUUGUUAUUUUAAUUUUUAUAGAACAGUGAAAGUCACAUACCGGAUUUUUAUUUGUGGUUUUAUUAUCUGGUAAUAAUACAUAAAGUAAACAUAUAAUUUAUUUCUUUAAUAAAAAUCAAAAAUUUUUAUGCAUUACAAAUUUGUAGUGUCAAAUAGAGAGCAACUAACUAAAAAAAACUAAACUAUUCAUAAUUUGAUAAUUUUAUUUAAUAUCUGGUUGCAUAGCCUUUAUUCUUAAAAACUUCUACACAUCGUUUUUUCAUAGAAUGUAAAAGUUUAUCAAUAUAAUCUUGAGAUACAGAGUUCCACUGGUUUUGAACUUCUUCAUACAGUUCGGUCACAUUUGAUGGUUUUUUUCUUAUGAAUGGCCCUGUCAAUAUUCUCUAUCGGGUUAAGAUCGGGAGUCUGUGCUGGCCAAAGCAUUACGUGUAUAUUAUUUGUAACAAACCAAUCUUCUAUUAAUUUGGAGGUGUGUUUCGGGUCAUUAUAAUGCUGAAUUAUCCAUCUUAAACUCAUGUUAUCCUUGGCAAAUGGAAGCAUGUGGUCUUCUAGAAUGCUACAAUAUGCAAAACGGUCCAUUAUCUCCUCUAUUCUCCCUAGUGGGGCCAUGCCAAACCCCGAAAAACAUCCCCAAACUUUUAGGGAUGUCGAUUUGGGGUUGAAACGUUUGUUAAUCGGUCGCCUCAUCCAAUAAAUUCCACCAGAUUUAAAAGUUUAAAACGACUUUCAUUCACGGAAAAUAGUACCGUUUUCUGAUUUUGAAAAGACCAAUUAACAUAUUAUUCUGUAGCAAAGCGAAGUCUAGCCUCUUUAUUUGUUGUACACAUAAAGAGCUUUUUAGCGGACUUCCUCCCACAUAAACAAGCUUCUCUUAGUCUUAAUUUUAUGAUACUUACAGACACAGGCACUUCAGAAAUUUCUUCUUUUAUACAGGAUGCACUCAUAAAGAGGCCAUUAGCAAAAAGCAUUUUAAUUUUUGUGUCAACGGCACUCUUGGGGACUGCUUCUUAAGUAAUUUCUUUUGUAAAAAUUGCAAACAGCCCUUGAUAUUAUUGAUUUUUUUUUUAAUUUAAAUCUUUUGCAAUUUUACCUUUUUAUAGUUGCCUAAACUUUUCUAAGAUUUUUUGUUUUAUUUGUAUGGAUAAAUGAAUAUCUCUUGGCAUUUGUAUUUGAUGAGAAUUAUAGCUGAACUGGACUGAUCGGAAUCUAACUUUAAAAUGGACUUAAAAAAUAGUUGCUCUACUUAUGAACCUUACAGCAAAAAAUUUGUAAGAUACGAAUGUUGUUUAUACAAAGUGUGGGUAUUUAUGCUAAGUAAUGUAUAACCAAGAGGAAAUAUAAAUGUUUUAUAGUAAAAUUUUUUACUGCCUUCUUUUAAACUUUUACAAAAUAUGAUUUUUAAUUUUGUUGCUCUAGAUAUGGACGAUAGUGUAGGUAUGUGUUUAGUGUUUCUCUGUUUCCUUAAAAAUGGUUGAUUCAAGAGCCAUAAGCAUUCUACAGCAGAUUUGCAUCCGAAUAUAUUACUCGGUAUAAAUGUUUUAGUUUGAAAAAUUGAUUUUCAAUGCCAAAAACCACUGAGACAGUUCAUGGAUCUGCGAUAAAAAUUGAAAUGUUUCAGAUCUCUCAACAUUAAAAAAAAAUUUACACGAUGGUUAAGCACAUUUAAUAUUUUUAGAUUACCCUUAUAAGAAUUUCCUAAAUUUACUGGAUUAAUAGGUAAAUUAAUCCACAGCAAUUUAAAUUGACGUCCUGGCAGUCAGAAUGGAAUGAAAUAAAUUCUAAAAAAAAUCCAUAAAUAUUCUAAAUGAAUCCGAGCAAGCAGUUGUAAUAUUUUCGUAUCUAAAUGUUCGUUAAAAGGUUUAAAUGUUGUUAAAAAUGUGAGAAUUUAUUAUUGCAGAGUGAAUAGUUAAUUAACGUGUUUUAAGCACAAUUGUUACAGAGUUUAUGUCUUUCUCUUUUCAUCUCAAAACCAACAAAAAAUCAAAAUGUUUUUGCACAAAAGUGGUAUUAUUUUGGUAACUUAUGUAUUAUUUUAUACUGUAGACAAACCCUUUGUAUAUAAAUAAUGUGUAUAAUCAAUUGUAGUUGCCAAAACAUUUUUAUUGUUGUUUAAAAUGUUUUUAAAACCAUAUAUGCAAAGCAUCCAUAUCAAAGAGCAAAAUAUUGUUUUAAAAAUAUUUAUCAGAUCUCUUAAACUUUAUUAACAAAAAAAUAUGUCUAAUACUAAGAUUAUAAAAAUGGAAUUGUAAGAAUAAUUUCCAAGAUUGUAGAAAAAGCAAAGGAAUUGUUAACAUGCAGUGUGGUUCAAAUUUUGUUAUUAUACAGGGUAUCUCAAAGUUAAGUAUUACAUAACAAAGUUGAAAGUGUGGUAAAAGUAUUUUUUUAUUGAUUUUAAUCACAACUUUAUGCCAUAUGUUAUAUUCCAAAAAAAAUACGUUCGAACAGUUUGGCUUUGGGAUACCCUACAUCACGUUGAAUUUAAAAUGUACAUACAUAUAAGUUCAAUUUCUGUAUAAAAAGAUGUAUUUUAUAAAUCGCUUGAAAAAAAAAAGAUUGAAGCGCAUUGCAUCAUACCUUAGGUCGAUUUUACAUUUAAUUUAGGCGGGCGCGUGGGUUCGCCUCUAUAAAGUUCUACGUAUAAGAAAUUAUUAAAAACUAAUAUUUUCUUUACAAAGGCGAGACGAGCCCGGGCGCAGCUACUCUUUACAUUUAUUUGUUUUAAUCUGUGAUAGUAGAAUGAGGACCAUGUUUGUAAAAAGAUUUAAAAUAUAUUAUAUGAUUAUGAUUAAGUACAAUUAAAUGUAUCAAUGUAUGGAAA